UGGGGCACAAGGGUGCAAGGGGAUAUAUUCUGAGCCGAUGAGGAAGUGCCUCCAGAUGCUGAUUUCCUGAGUGUAGGCUGAAGCUAGCAGGAGCCAUGAAAGGCAUCCAUCUGGUCCUGCUGGCCGUGCUGCUGUGCUCCCAGCAAGCCCUGAGCCUGCGGUGCUACAGCUGCGCUGAUGUUGAGAACAUCAACAAGUGCCAGCUUAUCUUUUCAUGUGCCCCGACACCAAGUGUCUGCUACAAGGGCAGCAUGACAUUCACCACGGCCACUGGGGAGACAGGCACAAUACACGCUAAGGGUUGUGCCCCUUCCUGCCAGGAAGCUUCCCAGGCGAUGCAGCAGAUUUCGAAUCUAUCCAACCCAGCGUUCAACCUAGAAGUGCGGGAUGUGGCCUGCUGUGAAAAGGACCUCUGUAACGGGGUGGCCCAGGUGGCGCGCAGCCUCUGGGCCCUGGCUGGGGGGCUCCUGCUCAGCCUGGGGCCUGCCCUCCUCUGGGCCCGGCUGUGAGGACCCCUGGGACUCAGACACCAAGUUGAGGGGGGAGCAUCCUUACUGAUCGUACUUCCAUGUGGCAUUCACAGCAGCUCCCACCUCAAGCUCGCUCUCUCAUGCACAUGCACACACAUGUACACACACGCACAAGCAGUCACUCACAUGCACAUACACUCAUACGCAUGCGCUCACACGCAUCCACACACACGCUCAGACCCAUGAGUUCUCGCAAGCGUAGGCUAUGCUUGGACUCCUCCUCCUGCUAUAGCUGGGACCCAGAGGCCCAGGGAAGGACGCGGGCAGCCUCCACCCUCUGCUGACCCUCGGCCACUCCUGCCCACCCAUCUGGCCAGCCCCAGCCCCAAGCCCACCGCCCUGCUAUGCCAACAGGCCUGUCACACUUUGCGAACACCAUCAAUCAACCACAGACUCAAGAUGCAGAGACUGCCGAGCCCCGGCUGGACAGGGGCUGCUAGGACAGCGGAGCCCACAGCCCCUCCAGCGGGUCCUCUGCAGAGCGCCCACGGCAGUCAGUAGACAAUAAAUGCUCUUCAGCCCCCC